CAGUAGUAUUCGGCCGGUCAACGAUAUUCCGAUGAUCUGACGCAAACGAUAUCCCCCCGAACCGACGACACACGCGCGCGCACGCAUCCACGCACACGCACGCACGCACGUAUCGUUUCGUAUCGUAUCAUACACACCGCCGUUCGGCCGUAUACAGUCUACACGUACGCCGCCGCGACGACCGCACUACGUCCGUCGUUGUAGGUAUAAUACGGUCACUAAUAUCAUAUUAUUAUCAUAUACCUACCCGUCCGCGCACUAUUAUACCAUACACCUAGUUUGCCGUCGUAAUAAUUAUCGUAUACGUUAUACUGUUAAUACUAUAUUGUCGUCGCGUCAAAUCUCUGCGCAUACGUUCCGAUCGUUUUUUAACCGUGACUAUACUGCUGUAAAACCCCCGCGAUUCAUCGGAAGUGCAUAAUAAUAUUUAACUAUAAUUAUAGUGUUACCCGCUGAUAUAUAGUGUACACCUGCGUUUGCGGUUCGCGUUCUUGUCGCGGGACGUUCGUCGUAAUACUUUAUUUUACGUACAAAUAAUAUUAUAUACCUACGCGUUGUUUGCCGGCGUCGCGCAUCGUCCGACUGCAGCGGCUGCAACUGCAGCAUCACUGCAACAUCACCGCCGCGGCUCAUUCCGCCGGUUCACGGGGCUGGCACGUGGCAUGUAGAGCGAUGGCACUGGGCAUAUCUUCGACGCCCACCGACUCGUCGUCGGGCCGGGGAUCGCCGGUGAGCCCGAUCAGCAGCCCGGUGACGCCGCUGGCCACGCGGCUCGCGCCCAUGCCGCCCAUGGUUCCCAACCCCAUGUUCGGGCUGCCCAUGCUCAACUUCAGCGUGUCGCAGGUGGCCAGCGUGUGCGAGACGCUCGAGGAGAGUGGUGACAUCGAGAGGCUGGCCCGGUUCCUGUGGUCGUUGCCUGUCGCUCACCCCAACAUCGUGGAGCUGAACAAGAGCGAGGCCGUGCUCCGAGCUCGAGCCAUCGUGUCGUUCCACAGCGGCAACUACCGCGACAUGUACACCAUACUCGAACACCACAAGUUCACCAAGGACUCGCACGGAAAGCUGCAGGCCAUGUGGCUGGAAGCCCACUACCAGGAGGCCGAGAAGCUCCGCGGCAGGCCGCUGGGCCCGGUCGACAAGUACCGCGUCCGCAAGAAGUUCCCAUUGCCCCGGACCAUAUGGGACGGCGAGCAGAAGACACACUGCUUCAAGGAGCGCACCCGGAGCCUGCUCCGCGAGUGGUACCUCCAGGACCCGUACCCAAAUCCCACCAAGAAGAAGGAACUGGCCCAGGCAACCGGACUGACACCCACGCAGGUGGGCAAUUGGUUCAAAAACCGCAGACAACGUGAUAGAGCGGCGGCGGCCAAAAACAGGAUGCAACAGCAGCAGUUCGCCGCCCAGUUAGCGCAUUCGGGCGGCCGGCACUUGAACCUCCGGCGGUCCAUGUCACCGGGCGCGGUCAGCACCACCGGGUCCGAGUCGAGCAUCAGCCUGGGCGCACCGUCGCCCGGCCCGCCGUCCAUGGCACCGCUUCCGCUCCAGUCGCUGCCGCCCCCGCCGCUCCAGCUGACCGGCGACCCGCCCCGCAUCGGCCUCACCAACCCGUCACCGUGCACGUUACCGCAACCGCUGGCGCUGCACAGACCGUUCACGUGAUACAGCCCGCCUCACCCGCCGAUCACCGCCGGCUGGUGACGCGCCUUCCGCCGACGACGCGCACGGUUUGAUUUGUUCAUUUUUGGUCGUUUCGUUUUCUCUCUCACUGUUUAAAACAACAACGACAACAACAACAACAACAACAACAACAAUAAUAAUAAUAAUAAUAUUAUCAUAUUCCGACGGCGUCGAUCGUCAUAAUUCAAACUCAUAACAAUAUGAUGAUCAGUCGAAUCCUGCACAGAUGUAAUAACUAAACAGCCCAACCAUAUAAUACGCGCGAGUGCACCCACAUCGAUUUCGUAUUCGAUUUCGAUGCCCGACGUCCAUAGGCGGCACUUGGUUCUUAUUGUCGGAGGGGGGGGGGGGCAAAAACGAAUCACAAUUUACUGAUCCAUUUAACAUUUUCUCAUAUUCAUCUUAUCUCCAUAAUACCUACAUUUUUAUCUGGGGGGGAAGGGGGGGCAACUGCUGACGUCAAUUUGUUGUCUCAAGAAUAUAGACGUAUAUAAACAGUGCAUGCAUACAGGUGAACCUGAUGAAAAUUUUCAGAGGUGCAUUAAGUCUUAUAUAUUCCACCCACCUAUAAAAUCCGGUGAAGACGCACACAAGUUUAAUACAAAUAACGAUGAACUUCAUCGUGAAAACAUUAUUUAGCUAAUAAUUUACUGUCAACUACCCACGACCACCCCACCCACCCCACUUUGCUAAUAGGCGGUGCCGUCUCUCGAUGACCUCGUCUUCGCCACAGCACUGCUGAUACAAAUAUCUCUAUAGACUAUAACAAUAUUAUGUCGAUUGUUUAUUAUAGUUGUCACGCACUUGGUCACUGUUCAUGAAU